AAACAUUGUAGUUGUCAAAGUCCCGCGAAAAUAACGCCGUUCACCUGUUUUGUGGUUGCUCGCGUUCGAUUAUGGUUUUUUAUUACUUAAUUUGAUAUCUUAUGACGGAAAUUAAUUGUGUCGCAUAAUUAGAAUCGUGUGGUUAUGAAAUAUUUUGCAUCCGUUUGUCGGGAAAGAAAUGCAUCGCGUGUGAAUUUUGUGUGUGAAGAAGUGUGAAGUGACCGUUUCUCCCUGCAUCGCGUAUGAAAUUUGUAUGUGAAGAAGUGUAAAGUGACCGUUUCUCCCUGCAUCGCGUGUGAAUUUUGUCUGUGAAGUGUGAAAUGCCCAUUUCUCCCUGCAUCGCGUAUGAAUUUUGUGUGUGAAGUGUGAAAUGCCCAUUUUUCCCUGCAUCGCGUAUAAAUUUUGUGUGUGAAGAAGUGUGAAGUGACCGUUUCUCCCUGCAUCGCGUGUGAAUUUUGUGCGUCAAGUGUGGAGUCCUUGCGGCCAGGGCAUAUUUGGGGUGAUGCACCCAUGCUAAAUCCACACAACUAGGCUAACAUGGCGACGCCAAAAUCAUCAUCGUCAUCGUUAACAACCGAAAACGAUUCUAAACCACCUAAAAUCCCGGCAGCCGUACAACAUUUGGAUACACUUUCUAAUGUAAAAGUCGAAAAAGAUUUAGAAAAUGUCCUAGAGACCGUAAAAACCUUAGACGUACUAUGUGCAUAUACCAAAUGCAAAAUGAAAACCAAUCUAAUGGGUCAGAAUUGUGAAUAUUGUCGAGAAAGAUAUUGCUUCAAGCAUGGCCUUCCUGAAAUUCAUGGGUGUGGUGAAGCCGUACGUAAAGAUGAGCGUAAGAAAUUUUUACAUCCUGAACCAGCAAAAACGAUUCGUCAACGAGAAGAUUUGGCCAAGGCUAAGACACGGCUGCAUGUCAAAUUGAAGGAUAUGAAUAUUUCGCGUAAGCAAAAGCAACCAGGCGGCAAUAAAUCGAAGAAAUAAAAAAUUUAAAUUUUAAGUUUUAAGCCUUUAUAUUGGUCGUUUGAAUGCAAUUAAUAAAAAAGCUUUUAUUGAGAAUACCAA